GGUGAAUAUAUUACACGUAAGAAUUGGAGUGUCACUGCCUAAAAAUGAGGGCAUUAAUCUUGUUUACUAGUAUAAGUUGUCUAUGGUGAGUACUGAGUAAUAUUACACGUAGGAAUUGAAGUGUCACUGCCCAGAACUGAGGGCAUUAAUCUGGUGUACUUGUAUAAGCUGUCUAUGGUGAGUAAUAUUACACGUAGGAAUUGAAGUGUCACUGCCCAGAUUAUUUACAAUUAAAAACAAACGAAAACCCUAACAUUAUGCUUCCGGCCCUAUCGUUCAAUCAAUGUCCUUUGUCCCAUGACUCCGCCACCACAGCUGUUAGGGUUGGCGAGUGUGUCUUCGUCUGGCGAGUCCGUCGUCCACCGGUCAGUCUGUUGCCGCCGUACUAAAGAACCACCAUAGAUUCUGGUGACUCUGCUGCUGCCGCCAUCCUGAAGAACCACAAUUGCAGGCCUCCGAUGCGGCGACGAGUCCUCUGCCGCCUUCUUCCUCUAGAUCCACAUCUGCCCUCUAGGAAAGCCGCCACUGCCAUGCUCCGAUGGAAAGCCGGCACUCCAAAACAUAUACUCGAAAAAAGGCAGAAAAAGAUCUUGCCCGGAAUAUAAGAAGUUGAGUAGUACUCAGCCAACAAGAUUCGACAGAAUCUUGCCGAAAAGGGGAAAAGGAAAAGCACUAAAAUAAAAACUUACCAAAAAGGGAGAAAAGAGGAAUGGGGUGAAAACCGGAAAAGAAGAAGAUUGCCGACACGGGAAAGAAGAAAAGGAUACGAAUUAGAAAGGAUGAGAAACGAGAAAUGGACAAAGGGAGAUGACAUGUUGCCUCACUUGGGUCUUGUCAUCUUGAGCUCAUCUUACGGAGUAUUUUUAAUUCAAGUUUGCUCUUUGUCUAAAAUAUCAAAAAUGAUAUUUGUAUCCACUUUUUUACUCAAUUUUGUACCCACCUAUGUGAAGGUUUUUUUUGUCUGUGAAAUGUGGUUCACAGACAAAAAAAACAUUCACAAACAUGAUGGGUAUAAGGUGAGUAUAUCAAGCAUUGUUGUUAUACACAUUGUUUAUGAGAAGACUUUUUUUAUGAGGACUUGUUUGUUGUACACACUUUUAUACCCAUUUGGUCAUCUUAUAACUAUCAUGUCUGUGAAGGGUUUUUUUGUCUGUGAAGCGGAUAAUUUGCACAGACAUAUUUUAUUUGUGAUCGGCAUUCACAGACAAAAACUUUAAACAAACAUGGUGGGUAUAAAAGUGGAUAUAAGGAUGGGCACAAACAAUUUUUUUUGUUUUUUAUCUGUGUGUAAGAGUGUGUAUAAACGGAACUUUUUUUUUCAUUUUAUAAAUGUGCC